CUUCGCCGUCCAUCGAAUCCCGCAGUUGAAUUGUGAUCUCAAUCGAUCGCCGGAGUUUUUCGAUACCCAUUGUCCUCCUUUAUAAUGGUCGUCAAAAUUCGUUUAUCCCGUUUCGGGAACCGCCACCAGCCGUUCUACAACAUUGUUGUGGCGCAAGCACGGUCGGCGCGAGAUUCGAAACCGCUGGAAGUUAUCGGAACUUACAGUCCUAUUCCUAGGAUACCAACUGGCCUCUCGGAAGCAGAAGCCAAGGUAGCAAAGCCUUUCAAAGAUAUCGCGCUCGAUAGGUCGCGGACGAAAUACUGGUUGGGUGUUGGUGCACAACCGAGCGAACCUGUAUGGAGAUUGCUGAGUUUGGUGGGCCUCGUUGAACCUCGACUCGGGAAAAUGCGAACAAAUAAUGCAGCGGAAAAAGCUACACAAUAAUGAACCUUCCCGGUGUUCCCAACGAAACUCUCUACGCCUGUGGUAGCUAGGCUGAAUGAGUCCUUUGCGCUCCUGAACAGUAUGAUCCGCCAAGCAAAAGAAAGAAGGCAGGAAAGGGCAAUUGCCAUCAACGAUAUUCACGCGGGAUAAAACAGCCGGUAUCAAACUAGAUAUCCUGCUCUUCACCUGCAUACGCACUACAUGUACCAACCUUACGUUUUCUCGAGAGCGUGAUUUCAUCAUUUUACGGCGUUUGGAUUUCUCCAAUUAGUUGUCUGUGUUCAUUUUCUUUCUUUUUUUAAUAUCCGUUAUCGCUUAUGUAUGUGUAUUUCUAGAAAAUGUUGGUUUGAAUUGAGUUGUAUAUUAGAUGAAUAAUUAUUCCACGUAGGAUAUAUGAGUGUAGAAAGAGGGCUCGUAUCAUUUAAUCAGCCAGAAAAUUUGUAAACGCAGGAAAGCAGAUACAGGAACGGUUACUCAAAACGACGGUUUCCAAAAUAGGUGGCGAACAGAACUGCGGGCAUAAUCUGUCGCUUCAUAUUCAAGAUGAGUACUCAGCAACAAGAAAUAGGGGGGAAAACAAUACGUAGGAUAUAGUAAAAAACAUGAUAUGUACUCAAAGGGUG